AUGACGGCACCCGCGCUUCAUGUCGGUGACUGGUUAGACGUCGUUGACGGUGAUGGGAUCUGGAAUGUUGCACAAGUCAUUCGACUGGCCACGCCCGAGACCGUGGAAGUGACGUAUGACUGCUGGGGAGACGAGUACAAUGAAGUCUUGAGACGAGACAGCGACCGGAUCGCUCCGUACCACACGCACACGUGGUCGGUCAAGUGCUGGGCCAAGCUGGACACAUGGCCGUGGUGGCCAGCCGUCCUCACUGUGCGAACUCCUGGCUCUGCUCUUGGGGCGCAAAACUUGAGACAGGAAGAGCGACUGCUCGUGGACUUUCUCGACCACACGGAGUUUUUCGAACGUUGCAGGUGCUGGGUGAGAAAGAGCCAGACGAUGGCGCUUCAAAGUCAUCGAGACACGAAAAAACGGUUGAUGACGCUCAAGGCCCAGUGCGAUGCGCGAGAAGAGUUUCCCAAAUUUUGUGAGGGAACGCUGCCUGUGCAGUUUGAGAACAACUGUACGAGACCGAAUACGGAAGUGAGGAUCGAAAUGGGGGAACAGCUCUGGAUGCGCGCCUUUGCUGACAACCGAGUCAGUCAUGCAGCAACACAUGCGUACGCACCUGUGCUGGCUGGCGAUGAAGAGGGACUUGAGCUGCUGAAGUCGAGGAAAACGAUUAAUGCGGACAAAAUCAGGACCCGAUGCGAUGCGUCGAUUGAGGCCGAUCAAAACAGCCCGUCGCUAGAUAUGAGAAUGGCAGACAUUGCAACUGCCCAACCAAAGUCUACCGAUGUCCCCAUCGUAAUUGGAACUACAACUACGAUACUAGCUGCAAAGGAUUCGCGAAAACGAACGAAUUCCAAUGCCGGAGAUGCAGUAUGUGGCUUCAAAUCUACCAGCGAUACCGAAGAACCUCGCAUUGAGUCACAGAGAUACGGAAAAACACCGAAGGUACUCAAGAUCUCGAAAGCGUCGGUUUCUAGACCUUUGUCAUGCACCCCGGGCUACGCCGCAGAUCUUUUCAGAGAAACGUCUUGGGACGGGAAGAAUACCGCUACUCCUCACAUCCGUCAUGCAGCGCAUUCACAACUGCACGCAACGGAAGGUGUACCGAGCACAAAGUUGCCUGUAUUGGAUCAGCACAUGGGGCAGGAAGAGGCUAUGAUGAUAGAACAGUUGUCGGGUGAAUCGUCAAAGCCUGGCAACAAGAGUGUCUGUCCAAUCCAAAGUCUUGCUCGGUCAACAGAAGCCAUUUUGCAGGCUUAUAAGAAGCUGCGCGACAUGGAAGCUGCAGUGGGUGGCAAGUUGACUGAGCUUGUUGAGAAAACUGCAAAAGCGGAAGAGCUUUGGAGUAGAUGUGCUGACUCGCCGUCGUUCUGUUCUGCGCAGCAAAACGAAGAUGAUGUUAGCGAUACGCUAUUUUCUACCUUUGAGGCUGAAAGCGAAACGGAUCGUGCCAUCGAUGAGAGUCUGCAUUGCGAAAGCGGAACUUGUGGCUCUCCUGAUGCCUUAAAGUGUUCAUCAUCUGCGAGAAGAGCACCACAGUCCAAGUGCAGAAGUGCUUCAACUCUUCCUGCUGAGCUGGAUGGUACCAAAACUGGCUUGCUCGCCUGUUCGAACGGUCAAGGUGCAUUCACACGGAUGGAUCAUCCUAGCUAUGGAAUGCCAAUCCAUGCAGGAUGUUCGCCCCAUAACGGCGACAGUCAGGAGGAAGUCAAGUGGUGUUGCACGAACCCAUUCCCGCAAUCAGUGAACCAGCAGCUUAGCGGAUCAUGGUCAAGAGACCACAGUUCCUCGACCUUCAGUGUGAAUGACAACUUCUCAGUGAGUCAGUGGUAUCGAGAUCUGUACCCGACGUCAUUUGAUCUCGAGCGAUUGUGA